AUGCCUCCAGGAGGCUCCAGCCAGAAAGGCACCGGCAAAAAGGGUGCCGGUGCCAUGGCGCGCCAGCGGAGCCGUAACACCACACCGAGCUCCGUACCGCCUCAAACCACGUUACCGCCAGUUGAGACGUUUGAAAGUGAACAUUUCGAGCUCAAGUUCGACUUGAUGCGCAACCUCACCUACGAAGACCUUUUUGAACAGGGCUCUCCCAGCUCCGCAAUACCUGACGCUCGCAACCUUGAUGGCAUCUCGGGCCGCCUGCAGAAGCUGCAGGAGAUCACCGAGAAGCGUGGCGCGGGCUGUGACAGGGGCAUGCGCUUGCUGGCUGGCACGCGGCGCGAUAGGAUGGACGAGAGGGCUCGUGAGGAGGAGGAGGAGCGUCUACAGAGGGAGGCCGACGAGGAUCGACGCGCAACUAAGAAGAGGCGAAAAGAUAAGGACAGCAAGGACAAGGACAGUUUGGCUCCCCAAGAGACCAACGUUGAAGAGAACCCCAUCACUGACAUGGUCAUCACCCCAGAGCGCUCAUCACCUCUCCGGGAUCAAAACACAAAGGCUAGAAAAGCUUCCAGAGAAGAUUCUGCAAGUUCAUUAUCAUCGCCACGAGAACCCACGUCACCUAGCGCCAUGGACGUGGACGAUAAGAAAAAGACGAGCGGCGACAAAGCCGGCAAUGCCGAAGAGGAAGAAGAAGAGUCCUCCGAGGACGAAGGCGCCCCGCCUCCGAGGCCCGUUCCGCAAAAUCAGACAUUUGGCGAGGAUCCGUCAACCUUUCCCGAUCCAACCGUGUACGAGAUUUUACCUGUCAAGCCAGGCAUGAGCCACGAGGAAAUAUGCGAAAUCUACAGUGUUGCGACGUACCCCCCAAGUGAUCUGGCGGACCUCAUUGCAGGAGACCCACCGGACAAAGACUUCACCAACGGCAAGGUCACAAAUCAGAUCAGCUUCAGUACUUUCUCUACGUAUAUAGAGCCUUACUUUCGACCUUUUAACGAGGAGGACCUUACUUUUCUUAGGGAGCGGGGUGACCGGUCAACGCCCUUCAUCAUGCCGAAGCGCGGCAAGCGCCACUACACGGAGAUUUGGGCAGAAGAGGAUGGCGCCAUGAAUGUCGAUUCGGGCCCUGGUAGGGAUAGGCUGCCUACGAAUCAGCCUCGUGGUAACAUCGACCAAAUGAACGAUAAUGUCGCAGAGACAGACAAGCUCUCGGUCGGACCGCUACUCUCACGACUUUUGUGUGCCAUGCGCCCCGAAGGACGCACACACCAAACCGAGGCCGAAAAGCCACCUCAAGUUGCAUUUCCAGAUCCUGGAAUCUCGCUCAAUGGUGAUCUUGGCGGAGCUGAGGAGGCCGACGCGUUUGCUGCUGGCGGAAACUUCGAACUUGGUCCCAAUGGAGAGCUUGUCAUGGUUGGCGGUCCGCCUCCUGCCCCCUCGAAUCAGCCUCUCGCCUUUCCGGACACACAGCUCAACGCAAGCACCCUCUUUGACAGUCUCGGGCAGAGCUCGACACCCGCAGCCGGCAAGACCUUGCCUCCAGCAACUUUCAUGGCAGAGUCGUCCACAGACGCUUGGAAGAAAGCGUCACACCCAAAACUUGACUACUCGCAAGUUGACGAACGUCUCAAGCAAGAACUGCGUCACAUUGGCUUCCUACCACUUCCUGAUGCUGGCACCGCAGCCACCAAUGGAGCUGGCACCGCUAGCGGGGCAAACAGAGCCGCCAACACGGGAGUUGCGGCCGGCGGGGCAGAUCCAUCGUGGACGGCAGAUUACGACGCCGGCUUUGACGACGAGGUCGCUGCGCGCCUGCGUCUCCUGCAAUCCCGUCUACGGGAGCAGAUGCUCGUCAACGGCGCACGCAAAGCACGGCUCAUGGAGCUCGUGCGAGAGCGUAUGGCAUACCAAGAAUACACUACGAUCCUCGAGGAUCUCGAUACCCAGGUGCAACAGGCGUAUCUUAAGCGGACCAGGACGAUGGGCAAGGGCAAGGCUAAGAAGAACCGUCCCGUGGCAGUCUCGGCCGCCAUGGCCAGACCUGGCAUUGGGGAUCAUGCCCGCACGCUAAUGGAGAGGCGACGACGCUGGAUCGAGAACAUAGGGCCCAUUUUCGAGGAUGACAUGAUAUCCAAGGUGCCGAGAAGCAGUGACCCAGGCAGUACCAUCUUCCAGGACGAUACCAUGUCUGGCUUGAUAGAGGCAGAAAAGGAUGCGUGGGAUGAAGAAGCUGAAGAAGAAGAGUGA